GGCAAAAAUAGAAACAGAGCUAUCGACGCUACUUGCCGAUCUGACUGUGUCCUUAACUUCUUAAAGCUCAAGCAUCGCCAUUGCAUCCAAAAAAGAUGUCAGAUCUCUGAUGAACGUGGGUGGCCUCUUCAUUCCUUGACUGUCUUUUACUCCUUCACUCCCUUGUCAACCAAUACAAGGACCUGCUGGUCGGGUGUUUGUGUAUUUGCUGCUGCCGCCACGUUGCUCUCCUUUCGCGCACUGGUGAACAUCUCACGAUCUCGACUACCAAGUCUCGGCUCUUUCGAACUAUACCGCCAUUGACUGGCUCUUGGAAAUCUUCACUGCUGCGCGGCCCUCUUGUAUAUCGAAACCGGGAAAAAUAAAACGAACGGCAAUCCUCUAACCCCCUAUCUCAGCAGCAACAAUGUCGUAUCCUCCCCUUGCUCCGUCUACCCAGGCUCCCACGCCUCCACCUUCAAUAACGGCUGCCUCCGCUGAUAAGUCAAAACCCAAAACGACGAGAAAGGGACGCAAACCUUCCUCAAGAAUAUCAGACAAGACAAGUUCACAAGAUACUCCAAUUAAAAAAGGAGAAAGGCUACACAAGAGGUCUCGGUCCGGAUGUUUCACCUGCCGUCUUCGAAGAAAGAAGUGUGACGAAGGUAAACCGGUAUGCAAGGCCUGCCGAAACCUGAAACUGAAAUGUGAAUAUAAACGGCCAAUGUGGUGGGGGAACAACGACCAGCGCAGGAACCACAAGGAAUUAAUCAAGGAGCUCAUCAAAAACACCAAGCUAAAUGAGCGGGGAAUUUCUUCGGCCGCUCGUUCAUCAGCAGCUUGCACAUACACUCCGCCAGCCCUGUCGCAUUCAGCUCCCACCCCGGAGACCUUCAUCGAUGGAAUGGUUCAGACUCGCGAUCCUUCCCUAGAGCCACAGUACCCAUUUGAACAUGAAUUCAGUCAAUGUCACCCGCAAGACCCCCUCGAUUCUCUCACUUCUCAACUUCAAAACCCACUCUUCGAAUCCGCCCCAUUCUGGACCGCCGCGCCAUACGAGAUCGACAUCAAAACCGAAAAUGAGGUGUAUGUGAACGAUAUUCCAACUCGGAGAGAAUCCACCACGUCCACAUUCAGCAUGUUCCAGCCUACAUUACCGCAUUCCAUGUUACCUCCUCUCUCUGACGAUAAAUGGUCGGAAGAAGAGUUCUUAGAGGGCCAUUCAGACCCUUUCUAUAGCGGGCUUUCUGACCAUAGUCCUUUCCAGUUCACCCAUGCUCCAGUUCACAUUUCCACCAUUCACGUCGAGGAUCGGGACCGUCCACUACUGGAUCAUUUCUUCGAGAAAGUCGUGCGUCUAAUCUUUCCGAUCCUGGAAGCGAAGCGCCCAGGCGCAGUACGGUCGGAGGUCAUACUACCCGCGAUAGAAUCAAACAAGUGCUAUCUCCACUGCUGCCUGAGCAGUACUGGCGUCCACUUGAAAGCGACGCAGCAAUUAAGCAGCGAGUCGAUCGACAAUGAAAUUUUGAGACACCGUUAUCAGACUGUCUCAGAGCUCUGUAAGGCACUGAACGAAGAUACUAACCACAGUGAUAUCCUCGAAGCGACGCUUGCAAUGAUCUUCUUCCAGUGCGCUGUUGGCCGACCAGACGAUUCGCUCCCCGAUAUUCCCUGGCACCAGCACUUCCAAGCAGCGACGAGCCUUGUUCACAAACUCGACCUUUCUCGUCGGCUAAUCGAAGCGGACCAAGUCAAUGUACAUCCGCCAUUCAACAUGAGCCUUUCUGCUUGGAUCGAUAUCCUAGGUUCCACAAUGCUCGGUCAGAUGCCACAGUUUGCACAUACCUAUCGAACAAAGCUCUUCAACGGUUCUAGUUCGGGACUCUGCGACCUAAUGGGAUGCGAAGAUCGAAUAAUGUACCUAAUUGCCGAAAUCUCAUGCCUCGACGCUCUCAAAAACGAAGGACGAAUCGACCACCUUGGACUUUGUGGCCAUAUAACCACUCUCGCCAAGCAACUCGACCAGGCGGAGCCUCCAGCAGAAUCGAUCGCCGACCCAUGCGCCGACGGAACGUUCCAGCCCCGCCAGCUUGUGAAGAAUAUGACGGCACUUUUCUGCAUUGCUGCACGGAUAUACCUCUGCAGCCUUGUCCCUGGAUUCCAACGCACCCAGCCCAGCACCCUCAACCUCAUCGCUCGCGCGGGUGAGCUCCUUGAAUUAAUCCCCGGCGGACCAGGUGGCUUUGACCGCUCGCUCGUCUGGCCAUUACUUAUCUGUGGAUCAUACUCCGUGCCGAACAGCCCCUUCCGCUCCGUGCUCGCCAGACGCAUGGAGCAGCUCGGUGAACAGGCUGAGUUUGGAAGUUUCGGCCGUAUGGCGCGUUUGCUGCAGGAGGUGUGGCGCGCUGCGGAUGGAGUCGUUGAGGAUUCGCAACUUAACGAUGCGAGUCAGAAUGACGUAGUCGCGAUCAAGACUGAGGAUGGACAAUACCAGCAGCAGUCUCCAGAGCACAUACCCAUGGAAUCUAUCAACGGCCAGAAUACCGUCCAUUGGCGGGAUGUCAUGCAAAAGAAUGGAUGGGACUUUUUGUUGAUAUGAUUGGACAUUAGUGGGAAGCAAGAAGAUGACUAAAUUAAUGAGAAUUCGGCCCUGGGAGCGUCACUUACCAUAACGGCGGUACCGACGGAACGAGCAUCAUGGAAUUAAACUGCGAAAAGGCCACAAUUCCUUCUUUCAUCCUAAGCCUUCAUCUCUUGGGGCUUGAACUAAAUUAGCCAUUGGACAUUCUUCAAAAGAGGUUCACCUCCGUUUUAACUCUUCCUCCAUUCGUUUUAUCUGUAUUAUGAUACGCGACCCAAGUUGACCUCGGGGGCGUUUUUCAUUCUUUUGAGAGAACGCUGCCAUUAUUAUGGAAUUUCUCUCUGCCCAUAAUAUUUAUUUUUUACCCAACAUCCCGACCACUUACCCUUCUUCCUUUUUCCCCGUUCAUCAUGAUCUUCCUUCCUCCUGCCUUUCCUCGUUUCAGCUUUUUUUUUAAAAUUUCCUUUUUAUGCAAAAAAGACACCAGAGCAUUCAGCAUAGUUGCAAGGAACUCGGAUUUUUGUAUGCAUAUCAGGGCAUUCAUCUUUCAUAUAUUCCCUUUUAUACCCCCAUUUUCAGAGUCCUUCCCCAUUUUGUCUUUUCUUUCCUUUUCUUUUCUUCUUCGGUGGGAUAUUUAUUCGUGUUCUUCUUCGCUUUUCUUCUAACACCACCCUUGGUACGGAGUAUUUCUCCCCUCUACUUUUCGGGGGGAUGGAUCUUGGAGUUUUGGAGGAUACUGCAUCUUUGGGUUUGCUUGUUGAUGCUUGACUGCUCAUCCGUCAUUCUUGGUUUUUCCAUACGGAUGGUGCUUUGAGAGAAAGCGAUGGAAAUGGAAUUUCCCUUUUAUUGAAUUUGAGAUUCGGGAUUGUGGAUGGAUGCAGUUAUGAGGAUAUGUCAUGUAGGUAGUCUGCGGUAUGUAGCUUUCAAGCUAGAACGUGAGAUGUAUGAUUGAGUGAAUAUUCGCA